AUGGGAGCAGCACCUCUUAAUUACACCUGGCUUAAAGACGGGAAGAUUUUAAGAAGGAGAAGAUGGGACCCAUACCUGAACACUUCAAUUUGGUACUUGAAACUAAAAGACCUAAGACCUGGAGACGCUGGGGAAUACACCUGUAUAGUGUCGAAUCCAUAUGGCAGUAUAAAUCAUACAUACACGGUCAGGGUUCUGGGUGAGUACAUGAGACAGUGAUAAGAGGAUGGUCUAAUCUUGAUCUAGUUUUCUUAUUUUUCUUGGAAUCAUUUCAUUUAGGCCGCAUAGGGCUAACUCUCGUCAUCUUUCUAACAGCUAAACCACGAACAAGACCCAUUUGCGGAAAGAUCUUCCAAGGAACAAAAGUGCACAGGCUGGAGAAAGUGUAA